GAAAGAAAACUGGAAAUAGAGAUAAACAAACAGCUUGCCAUAGACACUUCCGCUCUCGCAAUUCAGUCACACUCUGACUAUCUAUGGAUUUGGGAAUCUUCCUUCCUAUUUGCCUUUUAUGAUUUGGUUGCCAGUGCCAAUAACAGAUGCUGAAACGAGAGAGAUCUCCUGACCAGAGGGUCAUUCAUCCUCAGUCCAAGCAAUGCAUGUUGAAUGAUGAAAGUCACAUUUCAGAGCCUGCUUUUGAUGGGAGUUACGGGUCUAGCAAUGCGAUGAGACAGAUGGUCAGUUUGGAGAAUGAACAAGAAUCUGUUAGUGAUGGAUGUGAAUGCCACGUGCAUGGUUGUAGCCAGUCUUUCGCAAGCGUAGAGGAUUACGAAGACCACUAUAAUGUUUGUCACCGCUUCAUAUGUCGUUACUGUCAGCGAUUCUAUCCAACAAACCACCUACUGGAAAUCCACCUCACGGAAAAUCACGACAGCUUUUUCUCACUGCUUUCACAACAGCAACCAAUGUACCGCUGCCUUGAGGAAAAAUGCAACUAUCGUUUCAUGGAUGCACGGGACAGGAUAGGUCAUCUGACCAGUUGCCAUGGAUACCCAGCAAGCUUCUCUUUUGAUAGGAGGCAACACUCAAGACUGGUUGAUGUGUCUGGAGGCCUUGAAGAAAGCAGAGAUGUAGAUUCUGGCGCCCAGAAGAACAGAAUUUGCCGUCCACCUCGAACUCGGGUACCAGAUAUCAUAAGCUUUGGUAUAGGAGGUUCAGAACUGUUUCAGUGUCAAGGAAGUUGAAUUCUAACUUUUAUGUCAAGUCACAAGAGGUUAAGGAAGAUUAUAUGGAUGAUCGGAACAAGCGACUUCAGAUGAAAAGAAAUUUUCUGCUGAUGGAAGAGGAUGGAUUGCUACACUCAAGCUACAGCCAUCAGUAAAAGCAGGCAGCUGUAACCCAUUUCCUACUGGAAGCAAAUGGUACCUGUACUAAUUUUAUGGGAAUUACAGAAUUAAAAGUUGUUCACAUGUUCACUCAUUUUCUACUGGGACAAGGUUGUCUUGGUCCAAAGCUUAGAGGACGUAGAGAUAUCAGUAGUCGAUAGGUUAACCCAUUGCGUACUGGAACCAGGUGGUUCAUGCCUGAAGCCUAUGGGAAUUACAGAAUUCAGUAUUCAACAGGUUAUACGAUAUCAUCAAGCCUGUAAUGUUAAAGCAAUGUACUGAAUCACUUGUGGUUGCAUGGUUAAGGAGAGCACAAUUACUAGGUUAGGCCUGGGAGUAAGACUCAAACCAUUAAUGCAUUCGAGCAGUUUUACCACAAUCAGCAACCAAAUACUACUUUUUACUUUGAUCAAAUGUUUGCCAGAUAUUGAUUACUGAGUUGUGACCAGUAAUUAUCAAAAGUACAUGGCUAUAUUCUCUGAUAUUUGACAGCAUAGGGGAAGAUAACAAAUGAAAUUUCCACUGAAAAUUAAUUAAUUUCAAGCAUUGUAACUUUUUCAAGAAUUGACAAGAGUGCCGUGCCAAUGAUAGUGCAUCAUUCAGCUCUGUCGAUGUGCAUGUCAUAGGCGCCACACUGGUACACUUCACUAAAUCAGCUUGCUCAUUAUGUGUAGGUCAUGCAAAUUAAAGGUAAUUUUUUUUUUUGAUUUCCUAAAAUCUAGGAAACUUAUAUGCUUUUCACACUGCACUUUUUGUCCUAAAUUGGUGGGGCUGGGGGGGGGGGGGGGUCUUAGCCCCACCAAUUUCCCGGGGUUAAGCUUAGCCCACUUCGUUUUCACACUACGUUUUAGCAAAGUGGGCUAGCUUGGUAAAUAGUACGGUACGAUCUGGCCCUGCAAAAAAGCAGGGUUAGCCGGCUUAUUGUGGUGCUAGCACCACAAUUGCGGUGCUAAGAGAUGCAGUGUGAAAACGAAACGGGGCUAAGCAUUAGCCAAUCACAGAAUUCGAAUUGCACAUUAAUCAUGCUCUGUAUGGUAACAUCAUCAAUAUUCAUGAGCUGAGGGAUAGUCUGGGGUUAGGGCAUUAACCACGGUUGAGCAGAUAGUAUGGGGUUAAGAAAGACAGUGUGAAUCGAAAAAAAGAUAGUAUGGGGUUAAGGAUAGUCCGGGGUUAAGGAUAGUAUGGGGUUAAGGAAAUGCAGUGUGAAAAGCAUAUUAGUGUUUGAAUGAUUCAAUUAUUUACCAUGGCAAACAAACGAAUGGCAAAAAAGAUAUUUGUCCCAGGCCUAACAACUACAUGGUGCUUUGAACAGAAUUUAUUUUUUGAGAGCAAGUAAAGCCAACAUCUAAAAUGCAGGUGUGGAUCCAGAGUCUGACUUUUACGGGGUGUGAAUUUGUCUGAAACAAAAUGUCAUUGCUUAUUUUACGGAUGCAAAAUUCUAAGGCAUUCUUAUUCAGAUUUUAUGGGUUGUGCCUCCCCCUGGAUCCCUGAAAUGCAUGCUUGUCAAAAUAUCAGAUUACGAUGUAUACAAAUACAUUAAUUGUUUUAUUGGCAGUUCAGUAUGUUCGUCCGGUUUGUUUACAAAGGAUAUUGUACCAAUUUUAUGUAGGGGAAAAUAAUUAUGACAGUGGAUAUCCAUAGUUGAGGUUGAUUGGAUCAAUCACAACGUUUUGUGAGACAGGUCCCAGGUUUAGGUCCUGGCAAUUUUACAUCUGAUUUUUUUUCUCUUUAAAGAAAGACCCUAGGUUGGUGGCUGCGUCUGUGGCAUUUAUCAGUUUGUGAUCAAGGCCCUGUCUUAAAAAGAGUUACGAUUGAUCCAAUCAAUCGUAACUCUAUGGAAAUCCAUCAGUAUCAUAAAUUUUUCCACAGGAAAUUAGCGCAAUGUCUUUUGUAAACAAAGAGAAGCACAGUGAAUUCUUAAAGAAAACAAUGCAUGAAUAUACAUCAUAGCUAGAAAAUAUUUUGAAGAAACAUGCAUAAAUACAUGUUGACAUUGCUGGCCUUCCAUAGUUGCGAUUGAUCGGAUCGAUCGCAACUCUUUGUAAGACGGGGCCCUAGGUUUGGUGUUACCACAGGGAACUCCUUCACACCUCCAGCUACAUGUUCAGUAUCUAAGACAGUUCUGUUCGGGAUCGUUUGUCCGUACAUAGUUGGCCAUUUCCUAGGUCUCUAUAAAGGUGCGAGUUAUACUGAUAUACCCUGUAUUUUUCCCUUCUUGCUGGGCAGAGUGUACUAUGAAACGAGACCCUCUGCCUUGCACUCCGCCCGAGAUGAAGUGCAUGCAGGUGACUGGCGGAAGUUAUCAAUUACAAGGUAGAACCUAAAGUUAUAUCAAUUAAAUUCUUAUAGGCAGAAAAUGAAAAGGCUGUAAAGAAAAGAUAGAAUGAUUCGAUAAAAUAUUCUACUCACAUGUCGAGCAAGGACAGAAAUUGAUCAUUUGUGAGUCCUCGAGCCCCCCGAAGCUCGCUCCACCGAUCAAAUAUCUCACUGUGCACUCUUAUAGUCCCCCUCUUCGAUCUCGACAGUUCGUAUAACUUGCUUGAUUCUCUUUUUCUUGUACCUGGAGAAGCACCCUUCGGUCCCCUCCUUCCUCGUCUCCCAUACUGGUAUCCUCUUGAUUAGAUGUAUAAAAUUUUACUUGAAUUAUUGUGCGAUAUGUAUACGUUACGAACCUCUUGCCUUCAGCUUCAGUUAAUUGUAAAUUACAGCGCUUGUGUUGGUUGCGGCCUAGCGCUCGAUCGAUCGCCGGCCUGGCUGGGCCAGCUACACGUACCAGUAGAUGCUGACCGUGCUGCAGCAACUAUGCACUUGACGAAAAAUAACAUACAUCUUUGGAAACAAUGUGGACCGAACAGUUAGAGAUGAAUACUUCAUGGGUAAAGGGGUGAGUAAAAGUCCAGAAUGACUCAGUAACAAUAAACAUUAAACAUGCACUAUCUUACAUAGGCGCACGAACACCAUCGUGGUGCGACGCAAACCAAAACAAAUGUUUGACUUUCUAUUGUAGAGGGAGCUACACAAGAUUUAAAAAACAAACCGCCGAGCCAAAGAAAGAAACGCUACCGGGAUACCCGUACUUAAAUAAAAUUGAUUAAUUUCACCAUCAAAACACAAUUUCUGUCCAUUUACUUCACGUCAUAUCAUUUUCAGGGCAAACACAAUCAUGUAAUGCAUAAAUGAAGUAAAGUGAUGACAAACGCAUUUUUGAGAAUCUCCAAAACUAUUCACUCUCUUUCAAGACCUAUUAAACUUCUCAUCUAUUAUUGGGUUUUAAAAGGCCAAAGGAGUGCGUUCUCCACCAGCAGUCAACGUGGACACUUCUCUUUAUUUUUGUCUCACCUGCAUAGCAGAAUGAGACUAUAGGCGCCGCUUUUCCGACGGCGGCGGCGUCAACACCAAAUCUUAACCAAAGGUUAAGUUUUUGAAAUGACAAUAUAACUUAGAAAGUAUAUGGACCUAGUUCAUGAAACAUGGCCAUAAGGUUAAUCAAGUAUUACUGAAUAUCCUGCCUGAUUUUCACGUCACAAGAUCAAAGGUCAUUUAGGGUCAAUGAACUUUGGCCAAAUUGGGGGUAUCUGUUGAAUUACCAUCAUAACUUUGACAGUUUAUGGAUUUGAUACCUGAAACUUGAACAUAAUAGUAAUCAAGUAUCACUGAACAUCCUGUGCAAGUUUCAGGUCACAUGAUUAAGGUCAAAGGUCAUUUAGGGUCAAUGAACUUUGGCCAAAUUGGGGGUAUUUGUUGAAUUACCAUCAUAACUUUGAAAGUAUAUUGCUCUAGUUUAUUAAACUUGGACAUAAGAGUAAUCAAGUAUCACUGAACAUCCUGUGGGCAUUUCAGGUCACAUGACCAAGGUCAAAGGUCAAUGAACUUUGGCCAUAAUGGGGAUAUCUGUUGAAUUACCAUCAUAACUUUGAAAGUUUAUGGAUCUGAUUCAUGAAACUUGGACAUAAGAGUAAUCAACUAUCACUGAACAUCCUGUGCGAGUUUCAGGUCACAUGAUCAAGGUCAAAGGUCAUGUAAGGUCAAUGAACUUUGGCCAUGUUGGUGGUAUUUGUUGAAAUACCAUCAUAUCUCUGUAAGUGUAUUUGUCUAGUUCAUAAAACGUGGACAUAAGAGUAACCAAGUAUCACUGAACAUCUUGUGCGAGUUAUAGUAGUUUUCAAAGUCAGCACUGCUACUAUAUUGAAACGUGUGAUGCAGGUGAAACCGCCAGAGGCAUUCCACUUGUUCAUAAUUUUUGUGGCUGUGUUCCAAACCAUCAAGCUUGGUCCAGUAGCGACAUUGUUCUCAUCCGCAACAGAAACCAAGUUGGGUUUGGUAAUCCUGACUGAGUUUGGGUUCCUAGGUUUGUACACAGUGAAGUUCUGUUCCUCAACCACGACUUUAUAUUUAAUGAUGGCAAAAUCUUUUGCCUUGGAUGAAUCUCUCACUUGCCCUCUUGAUGACAGAUAUGUCUCCCAUGUGUCUACCUUUUUCCCAUUCAUUCAGUGCAACACCUGCACACUCCUCAAAGUUCAAUAUUAACCCUAAUUCUCCCGGGGGGGGGGGGGGGGGGGGCCAUUAUUGCCCCCCCCUCGACAAUUUUCGCGAUAUAUCUGCAGCGCAAAAUUUUUUGACCUCGCUGCUCUCUGACUUUUUACUUUCAAGUCUCGCGCAAAUUUUGAGACCAAAUUUGUGACGCCCGGGUACGCGGUUACGACAUUACGCAACAUUAUGUAAGUGCAUGUCAGACCCAAAAUUGCUCAUAAACGUGAUUUCAUGUACAAAUCCAAUGCAAAUUGUGUAUUUGGCCAAAAUUCAUAAAUGUAUCAUUAUUUCUACUUUUAAUGAUUAAACUUAAUUAAUUUUGUCUUGUUUAUGAUUAGAAUUAAGUCUGGAACGAUUUCCAUCG